UAGCGAGGGGAAUACACUUCGUUAUAUUCAGUCCUGCUCUUCUAGAGAAUUAAAAUGUGACGAAUGAGUCACGCUUAUCAAGACUAAUUAAGUGACCAAUAAAAAUACAGAUUUGUCUUGUUGAUGAUGUUAUGAAUGUCUUGCUAGGAAAAUGAGAACAAUUAUUAUUUAAUACUGGUUGACAUUAUUCCGCACGUAAAUAGCAAUUAAUACUUCAACAGAAGAGAACUUCCGAUCGGAAGUUUUAGGGGAAAUUGUAGGGAGUCCCGCUAGGAUGUGGCAGUUGUGCGUGUUGGUGACGACGCUGGUGCACUCUGGGGGAGUAGUGGGGCAAGGUUUGGUGUUCCCCGGGUCAUCGGACUCCCCCUCCCUGUCGUGCACCAUAACAAGGACGGGGCAGAAGGGGGAGUGUAAGCUGUCCACUCACUGCCCCUCCCACCAGCGAGUGGCAGGCGAGGGGGCCGUCAGUCAAGUGUGCGGCGUCAGCAGCGAACUGCCCUUGGUUUGCUGCCCUAUACCUCCCGAGAGGCUCAUAGAUGGAACGAGAGGGAAUCUCCAGCGCAAAACCGUAUCUGCUCCGCCUGACGAGCCUGUUUGCGGUGUUCUUAGUCCUUUGCAUGGGCGACGCAAAAGAUCUUCAACAAUAACUGAAGGGGAGGAUGCACAGGACAACUCGCUCGGAACAAGAGUGAGGCGGUCUCCAAGAGAACUUUCCAACGUUGCUGACAACAAACUAGCAAAAAAACUAGAAGAAGUAUCUAUAGUUUCAGUGGCUGGGGGCAUCGAUGCUCCAGAGAACGGACAUCCGUGGAUGGCGCUGCUGGGGAGGCGUCAGGAGGGAAGUGCAGCCCUCACUUGGUACUGCGACGGCUCCAUCAUCAACGACCGCUGGGUGUUGACAGCGGCGCACUGCCUCAACGUUGGGCGACCUGACGUGGUUCGUCUUGGCGAGUACAACCACAACAACACCCUGGAACGCAUCGCCCACGAAGACCACAGGGUCGCUGACGUGGUGGUUCACCCCGGCUACCAAGAAGAUGGUACCUUCUCCUCCUACCACGACCUCGCUCGCCCAGCUUGGCUCUCCAUUCAAUUCCUAUAG